AUGAAAGGCGUUGGUAAUUUUCUUCUUCUCCUUCAUAUCGUCUUGCUUUUCUUGCUUCCGUCGAAGGCCGUCAUCUCAUCACCAAAGACACAGGCAGAAGCUCUCAUAAGCUGGAAGAAUAGCUUUGCUUCACCACCCCCUGCUCUCAAUUCAUGGUCUCUUACAAACCUCGACAACCUUUGCAACUGGACCGCCAUUGUUUGCUACUACAACACCAAAACAGUUGUCGAAAUAGACCUGUCCAACUUCAACAUCACAUCGACACUAAGCCAGUUCAACUUCAUGCAGUUUGUCAAUCUCACCCGCUUCAACCUCAAUGCCAACAAUUUCACAGGGCCGAUACCAUCUGCCAUCCGCAACCUCACCAAGCUCACAAUCUUGGACUUUGGCAACAAUUUGUUCACGCAAGAAAUACCUGCGGAGAUUGGCAAGUUAGCUGACCUGGAGUAUCUGAGUUUCUUCAACAACAAUCUCACCGGUACAAUUCCUCAUCAGCUAAGCAAUCUCAAAAAGGUGAAGUAUUUGCUCCUAGGAGGAAACUACUUGAGAAUUCCUGACAGCUCUAAAUUUUCAAGCAUGCCUUCAUUGACGUACCUCGACCUUUUUCUAAACUAUAUAGUCUCAGAAUUCCCAGUGUUCAUAGCUAAAUGUUCAAACUUGGUGUUCUUGGACUUGUCUCAAAAUUAUUUUAGUGGCCAAAUUCCAGAACUUCUAUUUACAAAUCUAGGCAAGCUUGAGUAUCUCAAUCUCACUUCUAACGUAUUCCGCGGACCCUUGCCAUCAAACCUUCCCAAGCUUAAGCACCUUCAUGUAGGAGUGAACCUAUUCAGUGGCCAAAUUCCUGAAGAUAUUGGUUUAAUGUCUGGACUUCAACGUAUUAACCUAUUUCAAAAUUCCCUUGAAGGGAAAAUUCCAUCAUCAAUAGGCCAACUCAGGGAGCUUCAAUUCCUUGAUCUUCAUAAGAAUUCCUUAAUAUCUUCAAUCCCUUUUGAGCUUGGUUUUUGUACCAACCUCACCUAUUUGGGCCUGGCUUCAAAUUCCCUCGACGGGGAACUGCCUCUCUCUUUGUCCAAUCUGAACAACAUUGUUGAAUUGGGUUUAAGCGAUAAUCUAUUCACUGGUCUAAUCCGGCCUUCUCUAAUCUCCAAUUGGACUGAAAUUGUCUCUUUCCAACUUCAAUCUAAUAACUUCAGUGGGAAUAUUCCAGCAGAAAUCGGUCUCUUGACAAAACUCAUGACCCUUUAUCUCUUCCAAAAUAAUUUCUUUGCCGCAGUUCCCCCGGAGAUUGGAAACUUGAAAGAUUUGAUCGAUUUGGAUUUAUCAGAAAACCAGCUAUCCGGGCCAAUUCCUAUGACAAUGUGGAGUCUCACCAAUCUUCAAAGCUUGCAACUUUUCUCCAACAAUCUUAGCGGAACAAUCCCCGAGGAGAUUGGUAACAUGGUGUCACUGGCUACCUUCGACGUCAACACGAACGAACUGGAGGGAGAGUUGCCGAAGAACAUCUCUCUCCUCACAAGCCUGCAGAGCUUUUCUGUUUUCACAAAUAAGUUAUCGGGUGGCAUUCCAAGCAAUUUUGGGAAGUACAGUCCUGGUCUUACAAAUGUUAGCUUUUCAAACAACAGCUUCUCUGGAGAGUUGCCACCAGAGUUGUGCAGCGGAUUCGCUUUGCAAGUUCUCACAGUGAACAUUAACAAUCUCACAGGGUCUUUGCCCGAGUGCUUGAGGAAUUGUUCAGCAUUGUCUAGAGUCCGGUUUGAUGUGAACCAGUUUACCGGGAACAUUACAAAUGCAUUUGGUGUUCAUCCCAAUCUUGAAUUCAUUGCUCUUUCUGACAACCAGUUUGUUGGUACACUCUCACCACAGUGGGGAAAAUGCAUAAACAUCACGCAUAUGCUUAUGGGUGGAAAUAAAAUUUCGGGUCCAAUCCCAUCUGAGCUUGGACAAAUGACAAAACUUGAGCUUCUAAACUUGAGCCAGAACCACUUGACUGGGGAAAUACCGGCACAGAUUGGUAACCUACUCUUGAAUUACAUCUUGGACCUUAGCAGCAAUUCUCUUUCCGGAGCGAUACCUUCAAACUUGAAACAGCUCACAAAAUUAGAGGUUCUCAAUGUCUCACACAACCAUCUCUCAGGGGAAAUCCCCACAACAAUUCUAAAAAAUGCUAGUGCACAUGUCUAUGACUUUUCUUAUAACAACUUGACAGGUCCAAUCCCAAGUUGUGUCAUUCUCCUAAAGGCAACAGCCAAUGCUUUUGUUGGAAACUCUGGAUUGAUAAAAGAUAUGAAGCGACUAACUAGUGCAUGCCAGUCCUCCAGAAAACAUUCCAAAAAGAACAACACUAUCGUAAUUGUUACCUUCCUAUCGUCGUUUGGUCUCGUAGUUGUUGCAGCUGGAUUUGCUUUCUUUCUUAUGCAUCGCAGGAGAUCCAAGUACCAUCCCAAUGAAAUACAAAUUACUCAGAACUACGAGAGUUUUGAGUCAACUAUAUUGCAAGAGGAAGUGAAAUUUACAUUUGGGGAAGUUGUGAAGGCCGUAGAGGAUUUUCAUGAGAAGUACUGCAUUGGAAAAGGAGGGUUUGGAAAGGUUUACAAGGCAGAGUUGGAAUCAGGCCAAGUUGUUGCAGUUAAGAGACUUAACAUGUCAGACUCUAAUGACAUUCCAGCAAUUAAUCUCCAAAGUUUUCAGAAUGAAAUUCGAACUUUGACAAAUCUCCGACACCGCAACAUCAUUAGGCUAUAUGGAUUUUGUUCAAGGAGGGGCUGCAUAUUCUUGCUUUAUGAAUAUCUGGAGAAAGGCAGCUUGGGAAAAGCAUUGCAUGGCGUUGAAUGGGUUAAUGAACUUGGCUGGGCAAUGAGGAUCAAAAUUGUGCAAGGACUUGCCCAUGCACUCUCUUACAUGCACCAUGACUGCUCUCCACCAAUUGUGCACCGUGAUGUAACUGUCAACAACGUAUUGGUCGAGCAGGAUUUCGAGCCCCGACUCUCAGAUUUUGGAACAGCAAGAUUGUUGAAUACUGAUUCAUCCAACUGGACCACAAUUGCUGGCUCAAUUGGGUACAUGGCACCAGAGCUUGCAUUCACUAUGCAAGUCACUAAUAAGUGUGAUGUAUAUAGCUUUGGAGUGGUAGCACUAGAAGUCUUGAUGGGAAGGCACCCAGGGGAUAUGCUAGAGUCCCGGCUACUAGAAUCAUCAAAAUCGUUGAAGGACAAUGCAGAAUUGCUUUUGAAGGAUUUGUUGGACCGACGGCUGGAGCCUCCAACGAAUGAAUUGGCAAGGGCGGUGGUGCUUGUGAUGAGUUUAGCCAUGGCUUGUAUACGUACAAGUCCUGGGUCGAGACCCACAAUGCUUUUUGUGUCUCAAAAGCUAUCAGCUCAAAGUCUGCCUUGCCUUUCUGAACCGUUUGGUACGAUAACCAUCAACAAACUAAUGGGGUUACACAAGUAG